AUGGAGGAGAGGCAGGAUGCUCUGGUCCUGACCGUUCAUCUCCUGGCAAACGCCGGGCACUCCCUGCCCUUGCAGCGAACUCUGGAUCAUCUCUUGGAGUGGAUUUUUCCCGAUAUUCGCCUCUUCCUGGUGUCAGAGCGGGCCGCUCCGGUCACGUCCCGUGAAAGACAGCGUCCGAAGAGGUUGGGGUUUCCGGGGACGUCGGUUCUGCUGUUCCUCCACGAGGGUCUGGGCCCGGAGCGCAUCUUCCGGGUCCUGGACUCCUUCCAACACCCCCCGUGGAAGCACCACCAAACCCGGAGCGCUCCGGGAAGGGCUCCCGCCCCCGCCGGGCAGGAAUUCUACGGCCUGGAUAACCACAUGCCCGUCUGGGGGGUGAGGCGGGUCCACUACGGCGCCGAGAUCCUGCGGGUGACCUUGUACUGUAGCUUUGACAACUAUGAAGACGCGGUCCGACUGUACGAGAUGAUCUUGCGGAAGGCGGUCACCCUGCAGAAGAGCAACUUCUGCUGCUUCGUGCUGCAUUCGACGCGGACCUUCACGGUCCAGUUGUCCUUGAAGCAGUUGCCCCUGGGGACGGCUGUCGACCUGAAGGAGUCUGCAGUCCUGCAGUUUAAGGUGCAGGAGAUUGGCCAGCUGGUGCCUCUGCUGCCUAAUCCCUGUGUCCCCAUAAGCAGCACCAGGUGGCAAACUCAAGACUAUGACGGGAACACAAUUCUACUUCAGGUGCAGGCAAAGCCAGGAGCCGGUGGAAGAAACGAUAAGCUCGCUCCCCGGGAAAGGAGCAGCGCGGGGGCCGGGAAUGUCCUGCGCGAGACCCCCCGGCCACUCAGCUUCCCACAGAGGAUGGCCGAGCCAAGGCCGGAGCGAGGCCUGUCCAUGAGAGGAAAGGCCAGCUCCCCGACGUCCGAGGAACCGCGGGGCAGCUUGACUUCCGAAAGCCCCUGCAGCAGCCCACGAAGCAGCUCUUGCUCCCCGAGCAUCCCGGCAGCAGGCCCCCAGAGGGAUGGAUCCUCCCCCCACCUCAGCCUGGGAAGCGGGUUUCCAGAGCCCGAGGAGGAGGUGGAUGUCGACACGGCAUUCGCGGUCGUCGGUCCAGGCCGCGGACGCACAUCCCCGACCACGUUGCCGCGGGACGUGCAGGGCAGCCUGCCCUCGAGAGGCCUGCCGUUGUCGUUUGCUGACCAGGGGCACGGGAGGGUAGGGAAAGCGGCCUCGGAAUUUCAUCUGCAGCUCUCAGAAGCACCGAGCGGAAACGAAGAGGAGGAGGAGUUCUUCUUAUAG